GGAGAACCAUGAAGACCGUCCUGAUGUUAUUGGUUCUGCUGAGUGCUGCGCUGGCAGCUCCGGCGGAAGACAAGCCGCUGCCUGCAGAAUCAGACGAGGCCCAAGCAGCAGCAGCAGCAGACUUGGCGGAUCCUCGCUACAACUUCUGCCCUGACUUCUGGUUCAUGUAUGGAGGUCACUGCUACAAGUUCUUCAGCUCCCCGAAGUCCUGGCACGAUGCUCAGGAACACUGUAUCGGUGUUGGCAGCCAUCUUGCUUCCGUCGCCAACCAACGGCAGUACAGCUUCCUGCAGCAGAUGAUCCAGACCACCGGUCAGUCCAGGGCCUGGCUGGGAGGAUUCUACCUGCAGAACCGCUGGCUGUGGAUCAACCAGGACGGGUUCUACUACACCAACUGGUACCACCUUUCAUCUGUCCCCAGCAACCCCUGCAUGUACAUGUACUCGAAAUAUGGUUGGAGUAAUACUCAGUGCGCCAUAAACCUUCCCUUCAUUUGCUUCAAGAACCCGUUUGGCUGCUAACCGAUGAGCUGAGACGUCCUCUUCUCUCUUCGCUCCGUUUUCACUGUAAAAUCCUCCAGUGGAGAAAUGUUUGUUUUUAUGAAACUGUUUCUUAUUGUCAAUAAAAUG